AUGUUUGACGAUUUGAUAAAAUACUGUAUUGACGAAAUAGCACUUGACGGCGAGCAAGGCUCGAAUUUCUUUCGUCUAUGGAGUUUUGUCACAGAUUUUAUCAAAUUGAAUUAUACAACUCAAGAUUCUUACUCUUCUUCAACCACACAUUCCGAGUCUGAGACUCAUGACUCUUCAAGCCAUACAAGUUCCUUUCCAAAUGUUGACGAUGCGUUCCGAGAAUACUUUUGGCAACUAUUUGUUAGUACGCGUGAAGUCUCAUUUGCAAAGAUUUCUUUGGAUAAUGAACCGAGUAAUGAAGCUGUAUCUUCGAAGAAAAAGGCCUCUUCAAAGGCACCAACGCUCGAAUUGAUCCAAGUCGACAAUUUAACAUUACAAGAGGUUAAUUCGAAGUAUGGCAAUUCUUUAGUUAUGAUAGCUAAACCUGAACGCCAAAAACAUGCCUUAUAUGGUUCAACGGAUUCAUCACGGCAGGUUACUCCACAAGUCUAUGAAAUCCUGCAACUCAUAGCACGAAAGAGAGCUCAGGGAGAGACUCAAUCGGAGAUCGCCAAAAAACUUUCUAUUGAUCCUAGAUCAGCAUUUCACUAUAUAAGAACCUUGGUCAACUUUAAAUUAAUCGUUAAACUGCCAGUAGUAAUACAAGGAACUUAUACUAAUCUGUGUAUACUCGCGAAAUGUGCACCCGAUAAUCAAGCAUACGCCGGAAAAUCUGUUUAUCUUCCGAAAGAAUCUACUUCAAUUCCCGAAUCUCUGAACAAUGGUGAUAAAAAUAAUAGCAAAGAUAACAAUACGGAGACAAGCAUCGAAAAUUUGAACGAAGGGGUGUCAUAUACUUCUGAUCUAAUAAGACUCAGGAUGACUGAAAUUCUGGCGCAAGCUAAAAAUAAAAUAAUGUUGGCUACAGAUCUAAUGAAAGCAUUGGGAAUGCAUAAUCCUAAUGUUAAACAACGUCGUUGGUUUAAUCGCACAAUUGGAACUAUGCAUCAUCAAGGUUUCAUAGAAAAAGUGAAUGUCACUCAAAAAGGAAGCAACAACAGACUCGAUCGAUGUGUUAAACUAGUGAAGCUAUAUGAGAAGUCUAAAGAUAAGGACGCAUCAUCAAAAGGUAAAGAAGUUGUCCAAGCAUCGUCAUCAUCUGAUAUAAAUAAAUCUUCGGAGUCCUCUUCUCAGUCUCUACCAAAAGGUUUAUUCUCAAAUCUUCCACUUGAAAAUCAAGUGUAUCGUUUGAUCGAACUAUCAGGAGAAAAAGGGAUAAUUCCCGCGACUCUUCAUCGUUCACUUAGCAAUCUUAACAAUCGCAUCCUAUAUAAAAUUCUUGGCCGACUCUCAAAACCAGUUCAAGAUAAGCCAUUACAUUUGGGCGUAAAGCGAAUUGCAGAGUUUCAUGGACGUGAGCGUCAUUAUCGUUAUUUCACUGUUGACGCUUUUAAGAAAUUCGAAAAGAAUCAUGGUAUGGCUGGGGCAAAUAAUCAGCAAAAAUCAUCCACAUCCAUAUCGUCAGCGGAUCUGACAAAAACAGGAAUAAACGAUCCACUCUUUGCAGACAUCAAAUUGUUAAAAGAUGGACAAAAAAAUAAGAAUCAAGAUUUUAAAAUCAGGAAAUAUAAGAGAAAAACGGUGAAAAAUAACAACAAAGAUCGAUCCUCGUCUUCUGCAGAGAUAACUGAGAAUUCACAACAACCAACACAAAUCUCACUAACUACUUCUGAUCCCGACAUUGAACUUUCUGAUCUUCCGAAAAAAGUCGUUUUACCACAAAGAAAGAGGCGCAAAAACGAGUCAAGCGAAUCAUCAACCCCAAAGAGUCAAAAUAAUGCAUUUUCACCAUCCCUAGAGACAAUUGAGGAUUCACAAGAAAUACAAACCUCAAUAACAAUUUCUGAUCCCAUGAUUGAACCUUCUGAUUCUUCGAAAGAGAUUACUACUACACUUAAAAAAAAGAGAGGACGCCCUCGCAAAAACGGGCCGAGCAAGCCAUCAAGUUCAAAGAGUCAAAAAAAUGUUGUUUUCCCACAAGCUUUAGAGACAAUCGAGAAUUCACAAGAAGAAACGCAAGCCUCAAUAAUCACGUCUGAUCCCAUCAUUGAAUCCUCUGAUUCUUCAAAGUCACCUCCAAGAAAGAGGCACAGAAACGAAUCAAACGAGGUUUCAAGUCAAACGAGUCAAAAUGAGGAUUCACAAGAAGAAAUACAAACUUUAACAAACCCAGAUGAUGCCAUAAAGAAAAAGAAGCAAACACAGAGUUCAAAUUUAGUCCAGUCAAUCAAUGCUCAUCGACGAGAAAGGAUUAUAUCGCAACUUUUGGAAGAGCACAAAAUUUUGGAAUGUAAUCAUAUCCUAAUUAAACAAUACCAAGAUGUAGAAGCUAAAGAACUCCAUACAACUUCUCUUCCUCAUACAAUCGACAAGAAAACACUUAUUCGAACCGCUUCCAUCAUGGAGCAAAAAGGAUUGCUCAGGCAAUAUACCGUAGCAUCCCUCAUGUUAAACGGCAGCAACAAUACAAAACUUCUCUUUCUACACCCAUCAUUGACACCGUCCAGUCCACAAGUGAAGCAAUAUAUUCACACGAUGGACGAUAAAACUAUUAUGCAUGGCGGAAUCUUCAAACCUCUCAAAAUAGAGGAGGAAGUCGAACUUGAAACGUUUGAAGAAAUGAAAAAACGAGUGACAACAAUGGAAUCCUUAUUCGAGUCUAUCGAAGAGACGUCAUCGCCAUCAUCAAGUAAUAAACCUUCCGAUGGACAGCAAUACACCAUCACAAUAAACGACGAACCGAAUGAAACAAAUCAAGAGCAUGGAUUUUGGUGGCUUAACACUGCACAAGAUUACGGCUGGAUAAAUGCAAAAAUGAUUCGCGCCAAAUUGUUGCACCAAUUUCUUUUUACCAAGAUUGAACAAGCUUCUGAAGACGAUAAAAGAAUUCUCAAAGAGAAACGAAUAUUUCAAACUGUAAUGCUCCUUCGCGAUCUCCCAUUGGAUUUGUAUCUGAAACUUAUUGGACAAACAAUCGCUAGUCAACAACUUAGCGAUUAUAUUCAAUCGGGUAAAGAUAUGUCCAUCAAUAUAAUAGAUUUACCGGUUGAAAUCCGAACUAGCAUUUUUUCGGGAAACUAUAAAUUUCGGCAAAAUCUUAAAAGGUUAAUUGACAUCCUUGUUGCUUUGGAUAUCCUCAAGCCGAUCUCCCGAGGAUUUGAUGAGGAAGGAAAUUCCUAUUUUGAUUCCUCAAACGAUGCAAACAAAUACAAUUAUAGUGAAGAAAGUAGUAAGACAUCAGAAUCGAUUUCCUCCCCACAAAAAUCUCGAUUUCACGUACUCCAUCCAGCCUAUCAAUUAUCUAUUCAUGUUCCUUUACUAGAUUAUUCCGUUGCUGUACCUGAAAGAAAAAUACUUCGAGAAUAUGUUAUUGAAACCAUGGAUGACGUUAAGAGAUAUUGGAAUGAAUUACAGUUUAUCGCACAACAAGCUUCUGGUAAAAAUGAUAAAAAUGAUAUGGCACAAAGUGAUGAAGAAGCGAAUUAUUCGAGCGGCGAAGAAAGUCAAAUGGAAUCCACAUCAAUGUCACCCAACACCAGCAAGAAUAAAGUUGACAAAAAGAGGAGAAAUAUAUCUCCUCGAAAUGACAAAAUAGAUCCACUUUGUAGUAUUAAUAAUCCACGGAAUUGGCUUGUAACUUACCCUUUAACUGCUGCUCAAAGAAAAACACUUGAAUCUUAUGUUGAUCGUAAAAAAGGCAAGACUCCUUUAGAGGAUGAUUUACAGUGUCGUCAAAUUUCAAAUAAUAUUAAUUUGCCCUUGCAAAGAGUAAGAAUGUACUUCAAACGUGUCGAAGAAGCUUACGAAAGUAAAAAUCAGAAUAAGAUGGAACGAAAAAAUUUACGAAUGGAAAAGGAAUCGCGUCGUAAAGUUGCUAUCAAAUCGAUAGGUGUUGUCGCUACUGGCAAAGAUGAAGAGAAUUUACCCAUCAUCCCAGAUGAAGAAGAAAGAUACCAAACACAAUAUGAGACCGCCAUGAUACGAAAUCGACCAAAUUGGACACCGAGAGAGGAUGAAAUUUUAAUUCACGCUUAUGUCAUACUGCGAAUUCGUUCUCUAAAGUCAAGAUUUUUCUGGGCUGCUGCAACGAUAGUUUUGCCUGAAAGGACGAACGAGAUGUGUCGUCGUCGUAUUAAUGUAUUGCUCAAGAAUGCUGCAAAACAAGAUCUCAUCAAUAAUCUCAUGGCAAGAUGGAAAAUAAUUUAUAAAGAAGGUAUACGAAAGGGAGAAAUAAUUGAUAAAGACGAUGUGGAUAUGCACAACUUUGAUUUAUCCUCUCAGUUAUUUGACGUGACACAUUCUUCUCAAAAUCGUGAAAAGGAUUAUUUCUUUGAAGAACAACUUUCAGGAAUGUCACUUCGAGCAAGAAUGAAAUUAUUGUAUUCAUAUUCGUUCACAUGUCGCCUCGAUGAUAAAGAGGGUACUUAUGACUAUCCAAAUAUUUAUGAAAAAUCCAAGAUAAAAUUUGAGCUGAUAGAGGCAGUUGCAAAGAUGAUUCUUAUGACGCCUGAUGAUCAAUAUGAUCCCGCGCAUGCUUUUACCAUUCUUAAUCGAUACCCUGAAGAAACGGUCACAGAAGCUCUCGAAAAAUAUAAACAAAUGGGUGCGAUAGUAAAGAUGAAAGGAAGUCAUUCUAGAAGAAUACCUGGCAGGAAUUUUCAUGUCUCUGACAGGUUUCUUUCUGUUAUGCGCGGAGGUUUGCCCGAUCGACUAUUUACCCAAGCAGUUACCUACAGUAAUUCUUGCAAAGAAGAACACGAAUUUUCACCUUUUUCUGAUAGUGGGGCAAUGGCUUGUCUGUUGGAUAUGAUUGUUCACAAAAAGCUUUCUUUAUCCGAAGCAACAUUACCACCUUUUGUUAACGAAUCUGUUGUCCUGAAUCGUAAAAGCCGGAAUGCUAACCUUGAAAGGUUGAAUUUUAAUGUAAUAAUAAAACCGAUUGGACGUCAGAAAACUUCAUCAGAAAGUAAUUUUACUGAGAUCGCGCAAGAAACAAGCACUCCUCUAGCAGGAAAAAGCAAUGAUCUAAAUUUAUCCGGAACGAAACAAAUGGACAAUAAUGAUACUCGUACGAACAAAAAAAGAAAAUUGAUUGAAGAUUCGACACAUGAAAAAUAUUCGAAACGCGCCAAGCAUGUUGACACUGAUAAUGGUGAGGCGGUUGACGAUGAUAACCUUAAUUUCCUCAAUGAGAAACAAAAUCAAGAGUUUUUUGCAGAAUUUGUUGCAGCGCAAAAGGAUAGCACGAGUAAAAGUUGCUUAAAUGCGAUUUUCCAUGUGAUUUCUAAAUUUAAGGAAUUGGGCGUCACGCUUCUGUCAUUAAAAGAAAUUUUGCAUAAUAACUCGUUUGUGAUUUCUGAUACAUCGCUAAGACACUAUUUAAAUAUGAUGGAAUAUAAUGAGCCCAAAUUGAUACAAAAAGUUGGCUAUAAUAUGGCACGUUAUAUUUGCAGUUGCUAUGCGCCAAACUGGAUGAUUCAUAUUUCACAACAAUCCUCAUCUAAAAAUAAAAAACGGAAACAAUCAUCAUCACCACCUUCUGCAACUCCAAAAGAUUUCGCACCACCGCGCAUGUGGUACGAUAUUAAUGGGUCAAUUAUUGAAACAGUAUUUCGCGGAUGCCUCGAAGCUGUGAUAGGAGUGAUUUUACAGAAACCAGGCAUUUAUAAGUCCAAUAUCCAGCGAAAACUACGGUUAAUCAUGUCAAGGUGUGAAAUUGAAGAUUGUUUAGAAGAGCUACUCCAAAGAGGAAUUAUAUCUAAACGGUGUAUCCUGAAGCCGCAGAAAGUCACGUUGUUUUCCAAACCACGCGAGUUCAAAGAAUGCGAUCCGGAUACCAUCGAUUCACAAAAAAUAUCAACAUAUACGGCAAAUUCCGGCUAUUACCAUUACUAUAAAGAAUCAAUGAAUGAAGGAGGGAGUAAAAGAUUAUUGAGCGAAUCAGAGAUAGAACGUAGCCAAUAG